CUCUAGAGAAUACGUUUCUUCGACGCUUCGUCGUGCUCGAGGAGACGAUCGAAAUGAUUAUCGUUUCGCGGCGUUGUAUCGCGCGAAAACGCUUCGCUGCGUGCGUCAUGACAGACGGGAUGAGUUUUCCGUAAUUUUUCCUGCUUCGCUUCGAGAAGAACGUUGCGCGUUUGUCGAAAUGCUACUAAUAUCGCGGAGUUUGCUACUUUGGGCGGUGAUUUCUCUUCGGGGAAUCCCAUUCGGGGAACGUUGACCGUCGGGAAGGUUCAAGGACGGAUCGAUUCCGCUCUCCGCCUCGAGGUACGAACGUUCGCUUUGCGAUUUUGCAGAAAUGUCGAGCGUAAAAACGAUUCGACGUUCGAAAAUUCGAAAAUCGAUGCUGCAGGGCCGAAUUAACGACGCUUCGAAAAGAAAGACUAAAACUCUGGAAGGCAGUCGAAACGCGUCGACGUCUAGCAAGCGCGGAAUCGAUCGAAUUCCAACGAAAUCUUCGUCGGAAGAGAUUGGAUGACUCGCGAUCAAGACCGGGGAAUAUAUAUUUAACGGGUCUGUGAGAUUGCGUAAGGUGUUUUCGAUGUGACUAAUUCGCUUUACGCGGGGAAAAAAUGAAGAGAAAAACAAACGAGCACGAUACGAACGAUCGGAUUUCUACGCCCAAAGGAAUAUGGACCGCCGAUGAUUCAAGGUCGUAGUGGAACGUAGAACUCGAGCGGUAGACGAUGAGUCGGUUUCUUUCGACGAAUCGAGAGAAUUCCAGGCCGGACCGAUCUCGGGUGUUAACGGAGAGGAAGGCAGCGCUCGUUUCUUCGUUAUUUCGAAGAAAAUCUACAGGAAAAUAAUCAACGUUCGCAAAGGAUGGCUUUGGUUCGCGGAGUCGACCGGUGUGGCGCCUACCAGAGAAGAGGGGAUUCCAAUAAAAAUACGUGCACUCGUACGCGUUCCUGAAGUGGGCAGAACGCGUUCGGCAGCUCUCAGUUUCCUCUACGUGCCUCGUUCGAUAAUGACAUCGACGAAGAUAUCGGGAAAUCGCGCGAAUAGCGUCCCGAGCCGACUGUUCGCAUUCAUCUUUGCUUUUUAAUAAUUGUCACGAGUGUUUGUGUCCUGCUAUAAACUCUAGUUCCGUGCGAUAACGCUUUUUGCUCGAUCUUUCGUCAAAGAGAGGCCCGUCAUGGAAGGAAGAUCGGAAGACGUUCGCUUCGUCAAAACCUUUCAAAGACUACGUACGUACAAAUUACCGGCAGCGAAGAAACGGUAUUGUUUCGAAAGGAAAACGAGAGAAGCCAAAGAGGAGGAGGACGCUUCGCGAUGUUUUCUUAAUAGCGAAAAAGUGGUCAGGGUCGUCGGGGCGACGCCGGAUAAGACGGCAGGAGGGACGCAGCAGGAAAUUUCAAUAACCAGCGAAUCUCACGAGAUAUCACCGAGAAAGGGAAUAAUGGACGGCGAGAUCUGUCGACAAGCAUUGAUCGGCCUCGUAUGUAAUCUCCUGAUCAUCGAUAGCGGACUCCAAGAAGGCUGGAGUACCCCGAUCAUUCCAAAGUUCACCAGCCAGGAGGAUCCUCUGCGCGUGAAUAGCGAUCAGAUCGCCUGGAUCGUCAAUUUGAUGUACGUUGGCGUCGGGCUCGGUUCCACGAUGCCGUUUUUUCUGAUGAAUCGUAUCGGCCGUAAGAAAACGUUGCUCCUAGCCGCGGUACCCAAAAUCAUUAGUUGGGUACUGAUUGGGACAGCGACCGAUCAAGCGACCAUCUUCUGCGGCAGAAUACUCGCCGGCAUUGGCUGCGGCAUUUCCUAUUCGGUAUUGCCGAUCUAUUUCGGCGAGAUAAGUAGCAAACGUACUCGCGGUCUCCUAGGCACGAUGAUGGCGGUUAACUUGAACGUUGGAGUGCUACUGAUCUGUUCCAUCGGCCUUUGGAUCUCUCGAUUCACAAUGGCCAUGAUAGCCGUGUGCGUGCCGAUCUUGUUUCUGGUAACGUUUGCCUGGCUACCCGAAAGUUCGGUCUUUCUCACGCGACGAAACGAACUCAGCUUGGCGGAGAAGACUUUGCGAUGGGCCCUGGGAAAGGACAACAUCGACGAGGAACUCGAGGAAAUCCAAAGAACGUUGACCAUGGAAGAUUCCUCGAAAAAAUUGAAUUUCCUCGAGACCGUCAAAGAGACGUACAAGAACAAAGAAAACGGUCGAGCCUUCGGGAUAGUCCUAAUUCUGUACAGUGCUCUGACGCUCACGGGCGGGGCGCCGAUAUUGGCUUAUCAAUCGGACAUCUUCGAGAAAGCGAACUUCGAGGUAUCGACGAAUCUCAGCAUUAUCGUGACCGGUUGUACCAUCGUCGUCGCUGGCAUCGCUUGCGUCCUCUUAGUUCGCCUCACCGGAAAGAGAACGUUGCUUUUCGUUUCCGCGCCAACCUGUUUGUUCUCUCUGAUUACUCUAGCUAUCUUCUUCACCCUUCUCUCGGCGGGUUACGACGUCUCCAAGUUCAACUGGAUACCCUCGGUAUUCAUCAUGAUUUAUGUUCUUGGUUAUGGAUUAGCACUGAAUCCAAUGCCGCUCGCUUACCUCGGCGAAAUCUUCCCGUUCGAAAUGAAAAGAGCUGCCGCGAUAUUUACCUCGCUCUACUACGCUGGAACGACCACGGUGGUAAUCAAGUACUAUCAGGUCACGCAAGAUGUAUACGGUACGCACGUACCGAUGUGGACUUUUACUGUGAUAACUAUGGUUUUAUGGAUUCUGAUUUAUUUCUUCGUGCCCGAGACGGAGGGAAAAACGCUGGAGGAAAUACUGUUGGAACUGAAGAAUAAGAAGUAAAGGAUCGCCGAACGAAAUUGAGAAAUCCGUAUCUCAAAAUCUCCUUGCCAGAGUUGUCUCUGCGCUCGUACGUGUACAUAAGUGUGAUAAAAGUGUAUCGCAAACAAACCGAAUCCAAAGUUUAGAAUUAUUCGAGGUAUUCUAUGAAAUGGAUCGACGUGUAAAUAUAAGCGUAGUUAUAUAAUCAUCAGAAACGAAUAAAAACAAACUUGGUAAUAUCGGUCGAUCGUUCAUCCUCGCGGCAUCGAGCUUUUCCGCGAUACGACUCGAUGCCGAACAAUGGAACGACUCGAAUCGACUAAUUAUGUCAUUAUUUCGCACAGAGGCCGUAACCGAUAUUACUCAUCGAACCGAAAUCGAUUUUAUUCAAAUGGCAAAUUACUUUGACCACUACUUUUUUCGAAUCGCUAAUCGAGUCUAUCGCGGACUCUCCUUUAUCUCAAAAUAAUUAAAAUUCUUUCGUUCCGCUCUCGAUCCUUCUUCAUUUUUUCUUCCUUAUUUUUAUCUUCCUUCGAUGAAAUCGCGUUUAAUCGAGCUGCACGAAUCGAUAAUAUAAGUGAGAAAAUGAGUAGGUAUGUCAGUCAUGUACGAAUCAUAAAAACCGGCUAUAAACUCGAGUAUCGCAAUUAAUUAAUGGCAUACUUGAAAUCGAUGUAUUGCGUUGCUUAUAUACCAAAUCUUACUCGCCAGAUAGAUUACGGCAGAUUGAUCAAGUUUCGUAGAUCCGUCGAUCCUCGACAAGCGAUAGGUACCUAUAUAUAAAAUCCCGUUACACCACGCGAUCGCAGCUGUUUCGAAUAUAAAGUAAUUCGAAUUCGUUUUACGAUCGCGACCACUUUCGCGAAUUACCAUAAACGUUUUCGGCAAAAGCAUCUCGUAGAAACGUCGCGAGUGAUCGCGUGCGCUCGUGAGUUACAUACGAGUACGUAAAUAAACGCGCGCGCGUACAUGUGCGUUGGCGCGGGAAGGUGCACUCAACCUACGACAAGAUCAAGAUUGAUAGACUACGAGUUGCAACAUGUACGAAGCAUCCACUUAGCGGUGCAUUAUCCGAAUGAGAACGUCUACGGCCUGAGUCUUAGCUAAUGCAACGCCUGCAAUCCGAGUAAUGGCAGCCACUUAUCUACGAAGGAACAACGAGUAACCCGUGUUAAUCGUCAAUUUAAAGUCGGCACGUUUGCGAUCCGCAGCGCAAACUCGAAUCUUUUCCGGAAAUCAGACCAUCUUAAUUAUCUCUAAUCUUUUAUUAUCUCUCUGGAAUCGCGUGAAGGAAAAUGCGAAAUUCUAAUGAUGAAAUUCAGAGAUUUUCAUUAUUGAAUUCUUUUAUUCUCUCUCUCUCUCUCUCUCUCUCUCUCUCUCUCUCUCUCUCUCUCUCUCUCUCUCUCUCACCCUCGAAGAUAGACCAGAUUAAAUAAAGAAUAAAUAAAAACUAGUAUUUCAACGAAACUUUUAUGAUUUACUCGUAGAAAAUAUCUCGAUUCGUUGAUAUUCGAUAAAAGAAAGAUCGAAAGAAACAAGCGACGCGUAAUUUUUCUGUUGGAAGAUCACAGAGAUUAACGGAGGAAAAAUCGUAAAUCAACUCUUAUUUUAAGUAUAAUACGCACGUAAAUUAAAAACCCUCGAACGUUCGAUAAUUUCGGGGUGAAUAAAUAAUGAACACGCUUGAAUAGCCAAAAGUGAUCUGAAUCGCGAUUUGAAGAAAUUUUUCAUUCUUCCUCCGUGCCCAUUAAUAAAUAUUUAGAAAAUCAAUAACUAAAACCACUUUGUGCCGUAAACGAAUAUUUCAUUAUUUUUGUGGCGAGUCGUACACGCGUUGUUGAAUCUUGGGUGCUCGCAAGAGAACUAUUUGUCGUCUGCUUGUUAGAGUACCGUCGUAUUCCGGCCGCUACAUUAUUCACCGUGGUCGUGUAAUUAGGAAGCCGGAGACAAGUAUAUCAACGCGUGUGUCUCGCCGAGAUCUUACGUAUGUUUAUAUACAAGAGUUCUCUCUCUCUCUCUCUCUUACUCCCUGUGUAAUGUAUUUACGUGUUUUUCUUACGCGCAACGUGCUGACUCGAUAAACUAUUAUUCGUUGUAACACGUGUGAUAUAAGAUUAAUAAUAGAAUUAUGAGAUAUAAAACUACACAAAUUUUACAAUUCGACAACAAAACGAUCGACGAAUUCUUCCGACGAUUAAUUAAAUAACAUUCAAGCAAUUAUUAUACUUUGAUAAAAUAAACGACGUAUCUGUCGAGCUUA